AUGGGCGGUGCUCUCUCCCCCUCGUCGCUACUCAAGACCAGCUCUCUGCCCGUGCUUCCCUCUAACAUCGUUCUCCAUCCGGCCGCUCCCAGCACGGACUCGUCGCUCGUCUCCACGCGCUGCGACUGCACCAUCCACGCCGCCUCCUCGUCUCUCAACCCCAUCGCCGCCAUUUCUUCUCCCUCCCGCCUCCAGCGCCGUCUCUACUAUUGGGAUGCCGCGUGCCAUGGCAGCAGUCCCCGCGGGCCCGCUCUCGUGCGCACGCAGUCGUGCGCGACGCCGUCAGUCGCCGUCGAGCUCGCCUGCGAGCAGUCGUGCACGUCGUCGCCGUCGUGCCGGCGGACGCUCUCCUGCCCGCAGUGGACUACUCGUAACGCACCACGCGGGGCCGCGGCAGAGCCUGCUGAUGUAACGACGCGAGCCUGCGAGUCGCAAGCGGCUCCCGUUGCUUCUAACGCAGCUCGGUCGUCGACUCGCCACGGGCCCCCGUGCGUGGACGUGCGUCGCGCCGAUGAGUCCGUGUUUCACUGGGCCGCGCGCACGCGGAUUCAGCGGGCGCAAGCCGCACUCGCCGAUUGA